UAAAUCACAUAUAAGUUUAAAUGUGUUAGGGUGCUAGGAGAUACAAUCUGCUUUAAGUUGCCACUUAUAAAGCAUAGCAUUUAGUGGACUAAAUUAAGAACAGUGCAGUCGCCCUCCACCGAAGGCUGCCACGCCGAGCGACUGCCAAGCGACCGCAUAGCGACUGUUGAGCGACUGCCACGCGACCGCAUAGCGACUGUUGAGCGACUGCCGAGCGACUACCGAGAGGCACCCAUGGGCCGGUCGACGGUGCCCGACCCUCUACUUACAGAGACAUAAACUUAGUGUCCCAAUAAACAUACUUUAACAACUGGAUCAUGAAUAAAUCUUGAAACAUUCGUAUAAAAGACACUGAAGCAAUGACUGACAGCAUUCUACUCGAGGGAACCUGUAACUGGUAGUAGUCAUGAAGGUCUUCGCAGCAGUAUUGAUGGCGUUGGCGGCCGUGGUCGUGGCAGAAGAGCCCAUCGAACUCGACUACCACAUCAAGAUCGGUAUCCCCCGGGCCGAGAGUCUUAGACGCGCCGAGGAAGCCGCUGACUUCGACGGUACCAGGAUUGUGGGUGGUUCUGCCGCCAACGCUGGUGCUCACCCCCAUCUUGCUGGACUUGUGAUCGCACUGACGAAUGGCAGAACUUCCAUCUGCGGAGCUUCCUUACUGACCAACACCCGCUCCGUGACCGCCGCUCAUUGCUGGAGGACCAGGAGAGCCCAGGCUCGUCAGUUCACCCUCGCUCUUGGCACAGCUAACAUCUUCUCCGGAGGCACCAGGGUCACCACCUCCAAUGUCCAGAUGCACGGCAGCUACAACAUGGACACCCUCCACAACGACGUCGCCAUCAUCAACCACAACCAUGUUGGCUUCACCAACAACAUCCAGCGCAUCAACCUAGCCAGUGGAAGCAACAACUUUGCUGGUACUUGGGCCUGGGCUGCCGGCUUCGGAAGGACCUCCGAUGCUGCUUCGGGAGCCAACAACCAACAAAAACGCCAAGUGAGCCUCCAGGUCAUUACCAACGCCGUCUGCGCCCGCACGUUUGGAAACAAUGUGAUCAUUGCCUCCACCCUCUGUGUUGACGGCUCUAACGGUCGCAGCACCUGCAGCGGAGACUCCGGCGGCCCUCUCACCAUCGGCAGCGGCGGAAGCCGUCAACUGAUCGGUAUCACAUCGUUCGGAUCAGCUCAAGGUUGCCAGAGAGGCCACCCUGCCGGCUUCGCCAGAGUCACAUCCUUCAACUCCUGGAUCCGGGCUAGAAUUUAACUGACGAAUGACCAAUGAUUCAAUAAUAAAAUAAUUUCAUUAACAAAAAAAAAA